AUGCAUUGCCAUAUUUUACCAUUGGUUAUUGACUAUCUCUCAAAAGACCAAAAAUCUUUAUACGCUUGUAUUCAAGUUAACAGAUUAUGGUGUCGAGCAGCCGUUCCAGUACUUUGGUCUGAUCCUUUCCGCUACACCACCGAUGAUAAAGAACAUUAUCCUGAAGUUAUUUUUAUUUACUUGGGUAGUCUUGAAAGGAACGCAAAACAAAAGUUUUUGUCUCAACUUCCUGCUGAUAAAAAAUCUCUUUUCAAAACUCCAACUUUUGAUUAUGUUAAAUUUUUGAAACAUUUUAAUUACUGGAUGCUUGUCAAUUCAAUUAAAGAAGCUGCAAGAAAUUUGGAAAAUCUUGAAGAAGUUCACAUAAUUUAUACCUCUCCUGAUUCAAGAACUCAACUAUUUUAUUUCAAUGAUAAUCCUCCAUUGGAAGGCAUUCUUCAUGCUCAUGUGUUGAAUCUUAUUUAUAAUCGAUCUAAACGUGUGAAUUAUUUAACUAUCGCUGAUCAUUUCGGUUGUGGACACUUCCUUGAACCAAAAGAUUAUAAACAAUUUAGUCAUGUUAGGGACGGUAAUUUCUUGGAACCUAUCAAGACAAUAAACUUCUGUGUUGAUUUUGGUUCGUUAUAUAAAGUAUUCUCGUGGAUUCCUGGUUCUUGUCCUAAUGUGUUACGAUUGAGAACUAUCGACGAUACUGAUGCAAAAAUUAUUACAAAAGUUCUCUCUAAAUUCAAAGAUCUUCGUACAUUUAAGCUUAAAGUACUCUAUCGGCAUGAUCAACAAGAAGAGAAAUUACCAUCAAUCGCUAAUCAUAUUCAUUCUUUAACCACAAUCGUGAUUCGUCAUUGUAAUUUCAAGAAGAAUAAUAAUCUUAUUCAAGAAAUCGCUCAAUGUAAAGGUUUGGUUGAAUUGAAAAUUUUAUUGUGUAGUGGAUUGACUGUUGAUAAGGCUAAACUUUUAAUCAAUGCUGAUUUUCCGAUGCUCGAAAUUGUCGAAUUAUGGGGUAAUUAUUGCAAAGAAGUUGUUAAUUGGGCUAAAAAUAUUAGUCCUCAAUUUUAUGAUGAUUAG